GCUGCAUACACCGCACUGAUUGUCGAUAGGAAGAGAGAGGCUUGCUGUCAUCUCGGAUGUAGGCGCUUCUUCUCCCAAAUUCGAAAAGAAGAAUCGGUGGUCGUUUUAGGGGAAAAUGCCGUCGCUUUUAUUCUGUGGGCCUAAACUGGCCGCCUGUGGGAUCGUGUUAAGCAUAUGGGGUGUCAUUAUGCUGACAAUGUUGGGGAUCUUCUUCAGUGCAAAAUCCGCUGUGUUGAUCGAAGAUGUUCCCUUUACUGAGGAAGACAUCCGUAAUGACAAAAAUCCACCACAGACGGUUUACGGACUCUACAAUCAAGUUGGCAUUAACUGCUUCAUCGCUGCUGCCAUCUAUGUAGGUGUUGGCGCUGUGUCUCUCUGUCAGGUUCGCCUUAACAAACGCCAAGAGUACAUGGUGACAUAAACCCAGAGGAUUUUAUCUUCCCUCCAGUUAUCCCCAAUUAUUUAUUUUGAAAAGACUUGUGCAAUGUCAAAAAUGUAGACUUCCUUUUGUUGUGUUUACUGAACUAGGUGCAUUUAAGCUAUGGCUUAGAAAUGAAAACAAUACUGGAAAAGACGUUUCAUCGUAUUAAUGUAAAGUAAAAUAAUAAUGGACGGAGACACGCUGUGUGCACAUAUUUUAUGUACUGUAGAUGCAUGAUAUAUGGAAUAGAUAUUUUCCUUAUAGAAAAUAAAAUGUGACUCCGUAUUGUUUUCCUGAUGAAUAAGACACAGUAACUAUGUCUUGAUGUGUGUAGAAUGUGGGCGUAUGGUGGAUAUUUAUAUUUCCAAUAUGUAAGCGUUUAAAAAUGUGUGGUAAAUGUGAUGUGUAUGUUUGUAUAAU